CUGGGGUCCUUUUGUAAGGUUCACCUCUGACGUCACGGCCCCGCCCACUCAAGUUCUGUUUGAUCGCUGCGCGCUGUUGACAGAGAGCUGCCGCGAGCUCGUGCUUGGAGGCGAUUAUACGGCGUUAAGCGGCAGCGGGCUGUCGUUAUUCGGUUACCGGGGGGCUCGGUGGGUUAUCACUUUAAACAUGUUCACCUAACCCAUCUUGAGCGGUAGUAAUGCGCUCACGAGUUCGUGAGGCGGCCGAUUGUCAUUUUGACUUAGCUCGCGUUCGCUUAGCCGCCACAGGCUAAUUAAUUAAGCUAUAGUGUGAGGUAAAUAUCCACUCCAAAUCAUCGAAGACGGGACAAAAACGCCACAACGCGUCUAGAACGCAAACCUACAGCGAGGACCAGUGCUGUUUCGUCGUAUUGAAUGAACGCGAGGGAUUAACGGCAGGUGGAGCUGUGACGAUUGUGUCUGUAAGAACGUCGCACAGCAUGCAAGGAAACUGAGAAGACACUCGUUCAACAUGACGUCCUCCCCGCCCUCAUCUCAGCCAUAGGAACACACACACACACACACGCGCAGAAGAACACACACAUCACACUACAGCCCCAGGGUUUGUGAGGUGUGCGCUUUGAGGGAUCAUGUCUGUGGUCUUCACACCCGACGGGAUGGAGGAGGGCGAUGGCUCUCUGUCCACCGACGCUUCCGCAGGCAUCCAUGGCAAAAGCAGCCCGUCGGCGCCCGCUAAAGACACCAACGCCGACAGCACAGAACCAGACGACAACCUCUCCCAGGAUGCACAGCGACGCUGUCAGAAUCACGGCCACACUAGGAAACGAGCCAAGUCGAAUGCAAAGCUCAAGCUGGUGAGGAGUCUUGCAGUUUGUGAAGAAUCUUCAGGGCCGUUUUCAACCGACGGUCCUCUAGAAUCACAGGACGUCAUUCAGCUUCACAUCAGCUGUCCAUCGGAUAAAGAGGAGGAGAAAUCCUCGAAAGACGAGUACGAGAAUGAGGAAAGGGAAAAGAAGGAUAAAACUCCACGCAAGAUGCUCUCGCGUGACUCCAGUCAGGAAUACACUGAUUCCACAGGGAUCGAUGUGCACGAGUUCCUGGUGAACACACUGAAAAACAACCCCAGAGACAGAAUGAUGCUGCUCAAGCUGGAACAGGAUAUCCUGGAUUUCAUUAAUGAUGAGAAUAAUCAGUAUAAGAAGUUUCCUCAAAUGACCUCAUAUCAUCGCAUGCUGCUGCAUCGGGUCGCUGCCUACUUUGGCAUGGAUCACAACGUGGACCAAACCGGCAAAGCGGUCAUCAUCAACAAGACCAGCAACACACGCAUCCCCGAGCAGAGGUUCUCUGAGCACAUUAAAGAUGAGCGCAACAUGGACUUCCAGAAGAAGUUCAUCCUGAAGCGAGACGAUGCCAGCAUGGAUAAAGACGAUAAUCAGAUCCGGGUACCGCUGCAAGACGGCCGCCGCAGCAAGUCCAUCGAGGAGCGAGAGGAGGAGUACCAGCGCGUCAGAGAUCGCAUCUUUGCACGAGAAUCCUCACAGAAUGGAUACAUCAUUGAUAACAGGGGUAACAGGGAAAGCUCCAGCCGGGCCUCCAGCAGUCGCCAGAGCAGCACCGACAGCGAUAUGAAGAGCCUGGAGCCGCGUCCGUGGAGCAGCACAGACUCGGACAGCUCCAACCGUACGCUCAGACCUCCGGUCACCAAAGCCAGCAGCUUCAGCGGCAUCUCCAUCCUCACGCGUGGAGACAGUCUGGGCAGCGCCAGGGGCUCCCGCACAGGUCUUCCCACAGUCACUCUGGACGUUUGUACCCCAGCUCAGCCGCUCCAGCAGAGCCGCGGGCUCCUGCCGUGUCCCCCGAACUGCCCCUCCGGAGCCCCUCAGACCCCGAGCCAACCGGCCCCUCCGCCGCUGCUGCCGACCCCAACUCACACACACACACACUCUCACACACACACUCACACACAGCACGCCAUCAGCGCGCACAAUCACAUGCUGCCUCAGCCGUCUGCGCAGGCUGUGUCUUACUCAAACCCUUCGUGCCCUCAGGUCAUCUUGCCUGUUUCUCCUUCCCAGCAGUACAACAUGGGAGAUGAGUUGACUCCAGGUUUUGGGCAGAUGUCUCUCAGCCGUCAGAGCUCCAGCGAGGCACCUGAGCCACCCAGCCUAUACCAGCCUCAGCCCGCCGUGCCUGUAGCUAAUGAGAGUCAGUCUGUGGUGCAGCAGCAGUACCAGCAGCCCGUCAUGAUUCCCGCCAGUCAGUCUGUACAGGGAGCCAUGCCGACCGCGGCACCCAUGCCCGUCUACUACAGCUGGCUGACCCAUGGAUGUGUUGUAGGGGUUCCUCCUCCUGGUCCUGGUGUGAUGGUAAUGCAGCUCAGCGUCCCAAACGGACCGCAGCCGACCCAGAAUCCUCCGCUGGUGCAGUGGAACCCCUGCAAGUACUACAGCAUGGAGCAGAGACCCAGCAACCCCGAGCCGCAGGUCAGCACUCAGCUCAGCAGUCCGCUGGCGUCUCCCACACAGUCUCCGGCUCCCUCUCCGUCUGGCACCGUGUGUCCGGGUCUCGGCCCGCUGCCUCUCAUCUCUCAGUUUCCUCGGCCCGGCGGGCCAGCACAAGUGAAGAAAGAUCUGAGAAUCUGUCCUGUGCCACUGAAGAUCGGAGCCAGCUUGAAGAAAGAUCUGAGAAUCUGUCCUGUGCCACUGAAGAUCGGAGCCAGCUGUCACAAGCCGAGGAGUCAGGGAGGGAUGAAGCACGGAGCGCGGGGGAAAAGACAAACGCUCAAAUCUGCCUCUACAGACCUGGGAACUACUGACGUGGUGGUGAGUCGGGUGCUGGAGGUGACCGACCUCCCCGAGGGCAUUUCUCGUCCAGAGGCCGAGAAGCUCUUCAACCAGCUCUCGCUCUGCGGCGCCAAGAUCCAGUGGCUGAAGGACCCUCAGUGUCCCCGGGGCCCCGGCGGCGGACGGGGAGACGCCAGCGACCCGGCUCACCUCUACACCGUGGUGGCUGUGUUCCCCAACACAAUGGCGGCCCAGAGCGCCUCCUUCAAACUCAACAACAGCGGCGGGAGUUUGUUCAAACUGCGCGCCACCAAAAAGAACUAUGACUUGCGCGUGCUGGAGCGAGCGAGCUCGCAGUGAGUCGGGAGAGAGAGAGAGGAAGUCGGAGAUGUCAAAGGGAAGAGAUCAUCCUGGUGUUCCUUAGGGAUCUUUUUUAUUGUUUUGUAUCAUUAACCGAAGAGCACAUAUGACACAGAAGCGUGUUGCGUUGUGUGUAUCGUAUGACGCACACACACACACACACACACACACACACACUCAUAAACACAAGUGGACGUCUUAAA